AUGGACAAGGUUAUGAGAAUGUCGUCCGAAAGAGGGGUAGUUAUAUUCAGCAAGAGCUCGUGUUGUUUGUCCUACGCGGUUCAAGUUCUUUUCCAAGAUCUCGGGGUUAACCCUAAGAUUCACGAGAUCGAUAAGGACCCUGAAUGCCGAGAGAUCGAGAAGGCACUAAUGAGGCUAGGGUGUUCAAAGCCGGUCCCAGCCGUCUUCAUUGGUGGCAAGCUCGUUGGUUCGACCAAUGAAGUAAUGUCCAUGCACCUUAGCAGCUCGCUUGUUCCCUUAGUGAAGCCAUAUCUAUGUUAAACAACAGAGGUGUCUCCAAGGAUUUAUCAGACUAAUUAAUUAGCUAUGGGAAUGUAAUUCAAUAAGGAAAACAAUUGAGCCAAAUCUUCGUAAUCUAUUUUUCUUUUUUGGGUAUUAUACUAUUAUUUGCUUGUGUAACUUGGGUAAGUGUACGUACACUUGCAAGAUUGUUAUCAUAUAAACUCGGCGGUAAAAACAUUUUAUUCUUA